CAUAGACACACACGCCGAGCUGACGUCGACUGCGCCGCGUCCAGUUUCUGCUGUUCGUGUUGAGGGGCGAAAAAUUUUUUGUGGCGGUCGUAAUCCACAGUGCUCGGUUGGGACGAGCAGUAAAAUGUGAGAAAGCGAGGGUCGGAAGUGUUGAGAGGAGAGGAGAGGAAAAGGGGAGGCACCUGUGAGACGGAGCAGGUCAGCCUACCGCGGUGUCAAGUUUGCGUUAAUCACGGCGCGGUACAGUUUCAGACAUAUUUGUCAAGCGGAGGAGUCGUCAUCGGACCCGCUCCAGCCGCUGCCCCGAGCCACAUUAUGACCGCUUGUUGUUGUCACGGACUUAACUUGUGAGGUGUGCUGUGACUGUCCCCUUCUUUGUCUCCCCGUGCACCUGCAUGUACUUUGGGAAGCCCGGCCUGUCGGAGAGGCGUUGUGCUCAGAGACUGUGCUGCACUAGGAGAACCCAUGGCUUCUGGCCCCCCAUCUCCCUCUGAAGGCCGCAAGCUUAGGCUGCUGGAGUUGCUACUUGGGCCUCUGUUGGUCUUGCUGGUUUCUGGGCUGGGACCAGCAUCGGGGCAGAAGGUCUACACCAACACGUGGGCUGUCCACAUACCUGGAGGUCAGGAAGAAGCUGAUCGAAUUGCAAGUAAACAUGGGUUCAUCAACUAUGGACAUGUUUUUGGUGAUUAUUAUCACUUCAGGCAUCGUACAGUGGUGAAGAGAUCGCUGUCAGAUCACAGGGGAACACAAGUCCGUCUACAAAGAGAUCCCAAGGUGACUUGGGCAGAACAACAGGUGUCGAAACGGAGGAAAAAGAGGGAUGCUUUCGAAGAACCUUUAGAUCCUAAGUUCAGAGACCAGUGGUACCUGUACAACAGCAACCACCGUGACUUGAAUGCCAAAUCUGCGUGGCAGUUGGGCUACACUGGUAAAGGGGUGGUGGUGUCCAUCCUGGAUGAUGGAAUAGAGAAGAACCAUCCGGACCUGAUGCAGAACUACGACCCGGAUGCCAGCUACGAUGUGAAUGAUGGUGACCCAGAUCCUCAGCCCCGAUACACGCAGCUUAAUGAUAACAGGCAUGGAACAAGAUGUGCGGGAGAAGUGGCAGCAGUAGCCAACAAUGGGAUAUGCGGAGUUGGUGUGGCCUACAAUGCCAAGAUUGGAGGUGUGCGUAUGCUGGACGGUGAGGUGACUGACAUGGUGGAGGCCCAGUCUCUCAGUCUGAAUCCCCAACACAUCGACAUCUACAGCGCCAGCUGGGGCCCAGAGGAUGAUGGCAAAACUGUUGAUGGGCCUGCCAAACUUGCCAAAGAAGCUUUUCUGCGUGGAGUUACAGAGGGUCGUGGUGGUUUGGGCUCAAUCUUUGUGUGGGCUUCUGGGAAUGGAGGGAGGGAGAAGGACAGCUGUAACUGCGAUGGCUACACCAACAGCAUCUACACCCUCUCCAUCAGCAGCUCCACCCAGAACGGGAACGUCCCCUGGUACAGCGAGGCGUGCUCCUCCACCCUUGCCACCACUUACAGUUCGGGGAACCUCAACGAGAAACAGAUAGUGACUACGGACCUCAAAUCAAAAUGCACAGACUCCCACACAGGCACCUCUGCCUCUGCCCCGCUGGCUGCUGGGAUCAUCGCUCUUGCCCUUGAGGCCAAUAAAAACCUGACCUGGAGGGAUAUGCAGCAUCUGGUUGUACGAACUUCUCAUCCUGCCCACCUGCUCACCAACGACUGGAGAACCAAUGGGGUUGGACGCAAAGUUAGCCAUUCAUAUGGAUAUGGUCUACUUGAUGCCAGUGCAAUUGUAGCACUCGCAAAGACGUGGACCAGCAUGGGGCCACAGAGGAAAUGUGUGAUCACCAUGGUCUGUGAGCCAAGGAAUAUUGGCAGCCAUUUGUCGAUUAACAUGAGCGUGGAUGCCUGCAUCGGAACAGACAGUCAUGUGACCUCAUUAGAGCACGUUCAGGCCCGGCUGACCCUGUCCUACAACCGGAGGGGAAACCUGGCUAUCCACCUCAUUAGUCCUGCCGGCACACGCUCCACGCUGCUCCACCCCAGGCCUCAUGACUACUCAUCAGAGGGUUUUAAUGACUGGGCUUUCAUGACCACCCACUCCUGGGAUGAGAACCCCACAGGGGCGUGGACGCUGGAGAUUGAGAAUGUGGCUGGUGCCAGUGACUAUGGCACUCUGACCCAGUUCACCCUGGUGCUAUAUGGCACCAGCUCAACAUCUUCCAGCUCCUCAGACAAGCCUCAGGCUGGAAACGGCAGCUGUAAGAUGUUGGACCUAAGGCAGAUAUGCAUUGAGUGCAACGCUGGCUACUACCUCUUUCAGCAGGGCUGUGUGAAAGAAUGUCCAGCAGGCUUCUCAGUGGGCUCCCAGCCCCUCAACUACACAGUGGGAAACUUUAUAUCACCAGCUUCCGUCCCAGCCUGCCUGCCCUGCCCACUGCCCUGCCUGACCUGCAGCAGCCUCAGCCCUCAGGCCUGCCUGUCCUGCCCACCUCACAGCUCCCUGGACCCCAUCUCUGGCACCUGCCUGCACCUCAACCAGUACAUGCGUGAGUCCCCUGGCAGCUUCAUGGUGGGCCAGGGGAACCCAGGAUCACAGCUCCAGCUCAGCUCCCAGCUGCCCAUCACCAUUGCCGUGCUCAGCUGCAUGGCCAUCAUCGCCACCUUCGCUGGCAUCUUCCUGCUGCUGCAGCUGCGCUCAGGGGCACUUAUCAAGCUGCCCUCUCUGGAAGCUGGCGGUGGUCUCGGGGGCAGCUUCAGCCUCGGGGGAAAUAGGGUUCUGUCGUACCGCGGCAUCCCAACAGUGUGGGGGGAUGACGGGGUAAAUACAGACUCAGAAAACGAAGAGUUUGACGUCCAAAAUGAGAGGACUGCCUUUAUCAAAACACAAAGUGCUCUUUAAUGCCUCCCCCACAUCCCUCCUUCUCUUCUGCUUUUAAAAUCCUCGCACCCCUUUUUGUCUGAUAAUUCAGGGCUGUGGUAACUGUCCUUUCACAGUCUUUUCGGGUUUUACUGCUCAUCCCUGUUUUCUUUUUCUGUCUUACCGGGUUUUCAUCUGAGUCCUUCUUCGAGAUCUCGUCUUCCCCUCUGCUGUGGGAGACCUGAUGGGAAACUGCUGUCUCUCAGAGCUCGGGAUGGUCCAAGCUUUGCUUUAUUCACACUUCGGCGCAUUUCUAUUAAACCGGCUCUCUCCCUCCUCUUGCCCUCAAUCACUAACAGUGUGUGUCUGUGCAGAGUCUGUUUUCUCCUCUAGCUCCAACUCCUUUUUGUUACAGUAAACAAAUGAUUAUUAUUUGCUUUCUUCCUAUUUUUUCUCUCUUUUCAUCAGUCUCAGUGCAGUAGCCAGACGAGAUUGCUGAAUGUGAAGAGUAGAGGUGUGUGUGUGUGUGUGUGUGUGUGUGUGUGUGUGUGUGUGUGUGUGUGUGUGUGUGUGUGUGUGUGUGUGUGUGUGUGUGUGUGUGUGUGUGUGUGUGUGUGUGUGUACGUACACGAAUGAAUCUGUGUGAAACUGAGCGUGUAAUUCUGAUGAAUAGUGUAGUGCCCUUUACAGAGAAGCUGAAGCUGGUCCUGUCACAUUUGGUACUUUUGCAAAAAAAAAAAGUGAUGACAAAAAAUUGUAUUACUAGGCAUGAAAUCUGAUUUGGAAACACUGAUUCUCUCCAAAGUGUCGUUAAUGACAUAAAAUCUGUCCAAAAUCUGUUCAGAAAAAGCACCACUUGUCUGUAGUGGGUCACAUUUUUAAAGUGCAUUUUAAAGAUCAAAAGCAUUAUAACGUGCAGACUUUAAUUGUUUAUAAUUAUGAAAACAGACUGUCUGAGAGCUUUCUGGAUACAUCAUCUCUGUCAUCUUUCUUUUCAUGAUGAGAAUGUAAUUGUAUUUACUUUACACAGAAUCCAUCUUUGAUACAGUGACACUUCUUAUCUGUACGGUUAUUGUUUUGGGUGUGACGUUCUCCGAUCGUACACACAAUCUGGAAAAAUCUCUCUCAGCUCUGGCCGAACAAACUGUGAGUCACACAACUAGCAGAGCUUCCUCCAGCCUUUUGGGAUUCACGAUGGACUGAACUUACUCCGCUUUGGAAACUUUAAUAAAUUCUCCCAACCUCAUGACGUCCCAGCUAUCACAUAGAAGGGUAGCAAAAAAAAAAAAAAACAAGAUAAAUUGAGGAUAAAAAAAACCCCACACAGACAUUCACAGAUAAGCUACUCGAUCAACCCUGAGGCACAAUUCCUUCCGGGGAUAUUUAAUUUCUGUGUCUGAUGUGCUCACAUCCCGGGGCUGAGAGAGAAGCAGCCGAGGUGCUGAAGGGACCCAGAACAAUAUGUGACUGUUGCGCACACAAGCUUCUCAAAGCAGCUGGCAGGUGUUGAGUUUACCUGUGAUUGAUUUCUUGACAGAGCAGAAACAGUACCAAUACAUCAAGGCUCUCCUUUUUGUCAGAGCACAUUAGCACUACAAACACACCUUACACACGCCUCAUAUCAUAAUGUCUGACAGUUUGUUCAUGUGUGUGUGAGUGGCUGCAUGCGCGUGUGUUGGCUCAUUGCGUAUGUGGUUGAGAAAUGUUAAUCUUUCCUUUCUUCCCUCGUCUCGUAGUCUGCUUUCUUUUUCAAAUCUUGAAUAUUGUUUAGAAAUCCUGCGUUGAGACUCCACAUCUCAUCAGCGUCUCUGCACUUACCCUCCAGUCUACAUCUAAUCUGAAUUUCAGAUUAUCUCUUUUCAGCGUCCUUGCCAAUUGAUUAUAUUCUGAAUGAUACUGCAGCAAACUAUUUAUUCUGAGAGAUUUUAGUCACACCUUUAGGGAAGAUUGUUUUAAGGUGAUUUUUUUCCCAGGCCGGUUAUCAUCUAAAAUAUGCACCUCAUGAUUUAAUCCAGUGUAGCCAUUUUGAAUCCACUGAUCUCUUUUUCUACUAUGUUGAAAUUAUUAUUAUUGUUAUAUUUUUCAUUUCCAGUACAACAACCGUGGAGCUUGCUGAGAGAGGUUGUCAUGGUGAUGACAUGCAUACAAAACUGCAGCUGCUCAUCCUUUUAUCUACCUCUCAUAUCAUUCAGCAAGGUUUCAUACAUUUCCUAGUGGAGCUGUUAAAUGAUUAUAGAGGUCAAGUUAUAUGUAGGUCGGAUAUGAAAAUGCUUCUCUGGAGAAGGUUUAGGGGUAUAGGCAUGUAAGUCAAAUGUAUGUUUUAGAAGAGAAACAAGCAAUUGCAUUUCAGAAACUGUAAAGCUGCUGUGUAAAUUCUAGUCCCCUGAAACUCCUAUCUCUUCUAAAAUGUAUUGCCUUUAUGAUCAGCAUUCAUGGGCAGUCACACCUGGGCUUUAAAACCUGUUUUUGGAAAUAGAGGGAUUGUCCAUAGAGCUUGUUGGCCAGCGUUAAAAGUGCUAAAUCCACCUAAAAUAGUUGGGGGCUUUUGUUUUCCUCACCUCUCACACACAGUUUCUACCCAGAUGGCUCCACCAGGGGUUAAGACCUUUUUGUUUCUUUCACUGACAAUCAGACAAUUUCCUUGUUUUGUGGGUGGGAAAGACCACAAACGCACAAAACAAAUCAAUUUUAAUUUAACAACUUGGGUUGGGAAGCCUUCUCAGAAGGUAUUAUUCAUAAAUAUGUAGAGCUGAGUGUGAUUUAAAUUGCAAGUGUGCUCAGAGAGAAAGAAAGAAGAUAUAAAAACAGCAGAGAAUAAAGAUUUUCAAACCAAUACCUGGCAAAAAAUCCAGUUAAAGGAUGGAGAAUGACCGGUAUGCAUCCUCUCAAACACAGCACUGCGCCAAGAAGUUUAAUCCAUCUCAGAUGGCCGGUGCAGGUGUAGCACAUUUGGCUUAUCGCGGCAGUCUCGGCCAGGAAGCACUAAACUGGAUUGGAAACCAACCCGAAAAUGCGGAUUUAGAGGAAAGUUAAUGUGGCUACAGUCCAACAAGUGUGUGCUGCAGGGCUUUGUGUGAUGUACAUUAGUGCCUACUGCCAUUUAGACUUUGAUUAGCCCCAGUUUAAGGAGGGUGCUUAUUUAAAAAUGUAAUAACUACAGCCUCAGACUUGGGCCACAAAAUCUUAUUGACUUCCCAGCUUCUUGUGAAGUGUGUAAACAACAGAUAAUGGGCUAAUGCAGCACCAAAAUUGCUUCCAUAAACUAUUUACUUAAACUCUGGAGGCUCAGAGUUUGCUUUUUUACUGUUGGACGUUGACCAAUUUGUUGCAGUUAGUAUGGAUAACUGAUGCUCCGUCUAGUCAACAUUGUAUAUUCUGCAUCUUCCCUUACAAAAGAUUUAUAUUGCUUCCAGAAAGAAUAAAGUUUUUUCUAAAGUGCAACAUUUAGUGGGUGUUCAGGCAAGUUUCUGUUCCCCCUCGAGUGCACACACAAAAUUAUUUAUUCAUCUUAGCUUGAUAUAUUCACUACAGCUUGAUAAACUCAGAAAACUUUUAACUGAUGAACUCGGAGCUCUGUGCAUUCAAGUGUCCAACUCUUAAGGAAAUCACGAAUGCAGGCAGCAUUAAGUAGCUAGUGCUUCCAAAGCACAGGGAGCUGCAGAAAACCAUUAGCAGCCAUCUUACUCCUUUCAGUGCAAGACUGUGAUGGAAACUACACACUAAAAAAGAAGAGCUUCCCUAAUUGUGCCAGAAAGCAGCUCCUAAUUACAAGGCAACCACUUCACUGGCACCAAAGUGUGAAGCCUUUUCAUGUAGAAAGUAACAGGAAUAUUACAAAACAUCUGUUCAUUGCAAAUUGUCUCCUCUGAUUAUAAAAAAAGACUCACUCGUGGGCACGAUGAAGGCGUUGUCUUUAUACCACUGAUUUAUGUCAUGUGGAGCUCGAUGUUGCUUCAGUCCUGCCUUAGGAUGUAGUCUGAAGUGAUCGAUAUGAAGUCGGAUGGAGUUAAUAGGAGCAAUAUCUUUGGCAUAACCAAAGACAAUCAUUUCAGUGCUGUCUGUUUAAUGUGUAGACGUGUUGCUUUCAGGUUGUCACAGUCCAUCGACCCCCUUGGCUUGUGUUCAAAGUGUUUUGUUGAUAUCAUUCUGUCAUCUCUGCCCUUUUGAAGAUCUGCGGCGACACAGAUGUAUGUUCAGCAGCUGUGGAGGGAGGAGGUAGAAUGUAUCCCAUCUCCAUUAACUUAAGGGCUGAAUCAGAUCUGCGUGCAUCCGUGUGUGCACAUGCUUGUUUUAAGUAUAAAUAAAACACUUUGUAAUGGGGGAGGGGAGGGGGGGGGGGGGGUGGCUUAGUGGAGCAGCCUCAGACGACUCUCUGUUGACCUCCUCCCGCCUCUUCAUGAGGUUCCUGGCCUGUGGCUGCACACAGUACCUUACAGAUUUGUGACCUAUGAAUAAUGUAUAAGAAUGACUAUCUUACAUGGGACAUAACUCUAAAAUAAGGCCUAUUUUUGUACUAUAUGAAUGGUGCAGUGUAAUUUUCUUGUAAUUUAAAGAUUUUUUUUUGCUCUUGUUUUUCUCCUUUUUAUUUAAUUGAUGUCAAUUAUAGAUUCUACUAAAAUAAAGAUCUAUGCAAAUUUGAA